UUGCCAACCUUCAACAGCUGAACUCACAUGCACACAGCUAUAAGCUGGUUUUAAGAAGCAAGCGCAUACGUGCAUGCCAUUGCCUACAUAUAGAAAGUAUACACCCGAGUAACUACUGUAGCUACUUACUCGUUUCCUCGGAUUUGUCGUUUAUAGCACGUCAAAAAUGGCAGAUUCAGGACCAAGCAAAAGUGAUAUCGAGGAAGUUUUCAAAAGAUUACGCUCUCAGCCCGCAAACAAGUCAUGCUUCGACUGUAAUGCAAAGAAUCCGGCAUGGUCCAGCGUUACAUAUGGCGUUUUCCUGUGCAUCGACUGCUCAGCAGUCCAUAGAAAUCUUGGAGUUCACUUGACAUUUGUGCGUUCCACUCAACUUGACACUAAUUGGACAUGGUUACAGUUGAGAAAUAUGCAGUUGGGAGGCAAUGCUAAUGCUAGAAAAUUUUUUGCUCAACACAACUGCACCACUAAUGAUGCACAGCAAAAAUAUACUUCACGGGCUGCAAUGCAAUAUAAAUCCAAACUAGCCCAAUCUUCUCAACAGGCCAUGCAACGCUAUGGAACAAAGCUGCAUGUAGAAGACUACGUUGAGCCAGAAACUAAUCAAAAUGAAGUAGAUUUCUUUGAAGAACAUGAAAACUUUGAUGUAAAUAACACUGAAACCGUUGUGCCUCAUGUUCAUGCAGAUACUGUAACACAAUUACUAAAUGAAGAUCAUAAAAUACAUGCAACAGACAAUAUUCAUGCAGUGCCAGAAACUACUGAACCCUCCACAGAGGCUUUGGGACCAUCGGUUAACAUUUCAGAUUCUGCUAUGCUUGGUGCAGCGGAUAGAAAACCAACCAUUGGUGGUAGGAAAGUUCCACCUAAAAGACCAGGAGGGCUUGGAAAGAAAGCUAGUGGCCUUGGUGCUCAGAGAAUACAGACAAACUUUGAAGAAAUAGAAAAAAAUGCUGCAGAAGCUUUCAAGGAAAGGAGGGAAGCAGCAGCUGAGCCGCCGAAAAAUGAAGAAGAGAAGAUAGAAAUCGAACAGCGUUUGGCUUAUCGUUAUGAACAGAAUUUGACCGAACAAGCCAAGAAGGUUGAGGAAAGAACUCGAAAAAUGGAUCCUUCAAGAGCUUCCCAAGCUGAACGUCUUGGAAUAGGUUUCAACACAAAACGAGGUGCAAGUCACUCGGCUCUAACCGAUAUGCAGACGAUAACACAAGAAUCGUCUUCCAAACUAAUAACUGCUUCAGAGCCAAAAAUGCGCGAUAUGAAUCUUGAUAUACGAGAUCUUGAUUACCUAAUAUCAGGCUUUGAAACUCUAACAAAUACUUUUCCUAGCGGCGCAUCCAGCAGUAAUAGCAGUAGCAAACCACGUAAUGACGAAUAUAUUAUAGAGGAAGAGCCUGAUACAGCAAGACGUGGCGUAACGUCCUCAUUUUCCAACUCAUCUUCGUCACAAUCGACUAAUAAAAGUUAUAAUAAGACUAGCAGUAGUGGCAGCAGUAGUAAACAACAAAUGUAUGAAGGAGAAGCACAAAAGAAAUUCGGCAGUGCAAAAGCCAUUAGUUCAGAUCAGUACUUCCGCGACAACGCCAAUGAUAAUAAUUGGGAACAGAAGAACAAUUUACGUCGCUUCGAGGGCUCGUCAAGCAUUUCCUCAGCAGACUAUUUUGGCACUGGCCAGUCGAACCCGACUUCUCCGACCUCGUCGCUUUCUAUGAACAUUGGAGGAAGAGGCGGUGUAGACUUUGAUGAUGUUCGCGAAAGUGUGAGGCAAGGUGUUCACAAAGUGGCUGGAAGACUUAGUUCGCUCGCCAAUGCUGCAGUUAGUUCUAUACAAGACCGAUACGGAAUAUAAGCUGCGAAAAUUUUGUUGUUAUAUACUAAAGAAAAAUGUUAUGUGCUAAAUAUGAAACUGUUUUUUGUCCAUUAAGAUCGGGAUUGUAAAUAAUAAAAGCAUGGAAGAAAAAUUUUCAAAAA